AUGAAAUCACUUCUUCUCCCGGGCCUCCUUAUGGUCUGGAGAGAUCCACGCUUCCCAGUUGUCUUCCCUACUGAAUUUCUUCAAUCUUUUGACUCCCUUAUCCAUUACACACAUCGAGAGGAACUUCAGGUUCUUCGCCGACAGCAACGCCAAGCAACAGCUCGGUUCCUCGGCUCACAGACAUGGUCUUCUCUAGGAAAUGCAUCUGCGGCCGGAAACUGUGGAGGUACGGCGAGCACAGGCCGAUCCACUAUACUGAAACUCGGUGUCAUGUCUCUCUUUCUUCAAGCAGAACACGCGUUCAAACGAGGAGACAAAAGUAUGGAGACGACACUCGGUGGAGAGCUCGGCUGCAAUGACGGAGCCACCGUGAGGUUUCCGGAUGCUACGGCAGAGACACGGUAUCUUGACGUGGCAAGGACUGUUACGUCUUCUGCUGCUGAGGCACUGAGGCCGUUCCACGCCGCAUCGCUUUUAAGGCGUUAUGGCUCGUCGCGCCUUCCCAGAAGACUUAAUUCUGAAACUGCAAAAGAAAUAUCUGAGGCGCUCAGCGCUGUGCUGGAUGAAGAGUUUGAGGUGUCGGCGCAAAUGAAUGCAGCGCGCGAAACUGCUACCGACUUUGUCGCCUCCGUGUGCCGAUGGCUGUGGGGCAGUCAACCACACACGACUGGGAGUCGGCGAGAAAAAACGCAGGAAGACUCAAACAUGAGAGACGGCAAACCGCUGUGUCCUGAAGAGGACGGAAGCGGGGUGUGGGUUUGGCAGUUCGGCUCAUGCGUCAAUGGGUUUUGUACAGUCGCCAGCGAUGUUGAUAUAUGUGUUCUUCUCGCUGGAAGCGCAACGCAGCUACGAAGGGUAUCCGGUGGACUUGCUGACAUCGGAAUUUCUGCUUGUGAAGAAGCAAAUCUGAAGAAUCAACUCGACGAAGUCAUGGUUUCGUGGCACGGCCACGACACAGAGUACGGACAGGCAGAAAAAGCUGUUCGACUUCUUGGCGAGGUUCUAGAACGCAUUAGAAUCGCCCAGAGCCUUGACGAAAAUUUCGAAUCAGGAAACGAGGGAGAGGAAGAGGAAGGUGAAGGACCACCGCCUGCCUCAGAAGAGUCGUCCGAGAGAAAAAACGAGCAUCCGUCUUGCCUCAAAGUGGUUGGAAUUGAAACCAUUCAUCAGGCUCGCGUUCCAAUUUGUAGGAUUGAUUUUCUGUAUGGCACUUUUGCUCGAUCUUUGUCGACAUCACGCAGGAAGGGCACCUGGUCCUGGCAGCCUGUGAAAGCAGAAGUCUCGUUCAGCAAUCGUCUCGCGAUUUUGAACUCUCGCUAUAUUUGCCGUCUCGCAGCCCAGACGCCGCUGAGCUUUACUCUCGCUGCUGCUGUGAAAGUCUGGGCUCAACGGCGAGGAAUCGCAAACGCUUACCGAGGCUACUUCUCCUCUUACACCUGGCUGUUGAUGGCUUUCCACUUUCUGGCUUGUCGAGAACGGCCUCUGAUUCACAACCUCCUUUGCCCUCUCCCUCAAAUGCUAAAACGGGUAAUGUCAACGGCGGUGAACGUGAAGUGUUGA